AUGGAAAAGCACAUCUUGCUGCUCCUGCUGGGCCUGUCAUUGCUAGUGAGCUCCCUACAAGCUUUGACAUGUAUCACGUGUGAAAGGUUCAAUUCUCGGGGGAUUUGUGAGAGAGGAGAAGGUUGCUGUCAGGCUCAACCUGGUGAGAAAUGUGCCUCACUUAUAACCUAUAAAGAUGGAAAAGUUCAGUAUGGAAGCCAGAAAUGUGCUGAUGUUUGUUUCAGUGGGACUGUUGAGAAUGGAGGCCUGACAGUAAGAAUGAACUGUUGCUCACACAGGUCUUUCUGCAAUAAAGCACAUACCUGA